UCUGGGAGGAAACCAUUUUUUUAAAGAUUCCAUUAGAAAUGUGAGUUUCGCUUAAACUCUAUUACCUUGUUAGGCAAAUAAUAUAACGUUGGUCAUUGGUAAGACAAGUUAAAACUUGCCUCUUGUAGUCUGCACAAAAUGCCACUAUCAUACUGUCUUUGUGGGUGAUACGCAAACAUUUCAUCCUCCCACCCCCUUCCUACACUGAUUGGAAUCACUAUCCAAGGCCAGUGAAAUUAAAGGUGGAGUGGCUGUGGGGGAACGGGAGAGCCGCCUGUAGGAGUGUAUUCCUGCUUUUCUUAGGCCAGUCAAUACUCUGCAUAAAAGUCUAUGCUAAUAUGUGUUUUUUACAGUAUGGAGUGGGGGCAGAUUGAUUUAAAAUAAAGUAUUUAAACAUAAAUGUAGUGGUUAAAAUUAUGCUUAUAUGGUCACAAUUUCAGCUAUUUCAUUCUCAAAUUAGCUUAGGUUAUUGAGCAGGUCAGAAUGUGUGCAAUUUUGUACACACCGUUACAUCACAAUUCUUCAAACCAUAAUUUUAUUAAGUUCAACAGCUUAGAGACCAUAAGAGUGUAAAAUAACAAAUCCCACUAGCUUGUAAAACAUCACAGGAAUUUGGAUCUCCAGAGCAGAUGUAUCACGCAUGUGUAUUAAACCUGUGAUUGAACUGCCCAGGCUUUGAAUUUUACAUUUAUUUUUUAAUUAAAAAGGCAGACCUCUUAGUGGUGGUAUAUAAUUUUAGUUUUUAUUUAUAUUUCUUUACAUUUUUUUUUUUUUUCCAUUUGUGGAUUUUAAAAACCUUUUUCUUUACGUAAAAUGUGACAUUGCCUCUUUAGUAAAUGCGUAGGUAGAUUUUAAUUUGUAUUUUAGGGUUUUAUGUUUUCCAUUAAAAAAUUAUUGCUUAGUCCCUUAUGAAAUACCAACUAAAAUUAAGUUUAAUAUGUCCUUUAUUGGAAUUAAACAUAAAUAUAGCAAAAUCCUAUUCCAGCUAAGUGAUUCUGCAAAAUAGUCAUGUUGGCCCGUGAGGGGGCUUAAAGUACAUGAAGAAUUUUAAAGAGAGGGCUUUUCAUGCUUAACAUGUUCGAUGGUGUUUGGAGUCACAUGAUACAGUUGCUGAGUAAAUUGGAGGAUUGUUUUAUUGAAACCAAAGUUGUGAAAAUCAGAAACCUAAAAUUAUUUGAUUUGAUUGCCACAUUUUACAUAUGCUUCCAAGUAAUAUUUUAGAUUGAAUAACAGAGUCUGACUUGGUUAUUCAGCAGAAGUGUCAGGAAAUCAGCCCAGCAAGGUGUUAACCCUGCAAUCAUAACAUUGCUGUAUCUACUAUUGUACAGGGUUAAACCUAAAGGGCCACUGCACCCAGACCACUUAAUUGGCAAGCCUCCUGUUUAAGAAAUGUGGUUUACAAAAAGCUGUGUUGCUAGGUUUAGCCGUAGAAGUUUUUCUUUACUGCUCAUAUACAAACAUGGUGGUAUACAUGUAGCAAAGUAUUACAGACAAACAGCUAGUCACACCUUACAAUUCCAUUAGACAGAGGUAGCAGUAGGACAUGUCAGUUCAUUCUACAUCAGAUUCUGUCGCUACAGGCAAAUGGUGAAAUUCCACUCUCUCUAACCCCAUAAAAGGACUUUUAUUAGUUCUUCAUACACCAGCCACUGUCAGGAACAGUUAUUCGUGUGUGGUUCAUUCUUAUCUGAAAGUCUAAAUAAUAAUCAAAUUCUCCAGUUAAACAUAUAUCCUAAAGGUUUCAGGUUUAACGCAACAAUGACAUCUACAAAACAGUCUCCAGAGAGCAGGUAUACAAAUAUGAAUUAUAUUUUUAUCUCAGACAUUUGUUAUGGCUACCCCAAUAGUUGCAAGUAGGUAUGUGCAUAGCCAUGAUUGGUCACAUCAGGCACAGUAUAUGUAUGCUUUAGCAGAGGGUUGUAGAUGCUAGUAUAUAUUUUUGAGCCUAUCAGACCUAGGCAAGAGCUAGAUACCUGGUGUAAACUUUUAGAAACCAUGACUUGCUACGUAAUGAAGAUAAGAAUUUAAAUCUGUAGUUUAUUAUAAAAAUGUUUAAAAUUCAAAGGCUCAAUUUCCAGCUUUUUGGACACAACUGGUUUUUGAGAUAUCAAGCUGUACUUAAAGGGACACUAAGCAAAAAAAAAACCUUUUAGUUUAAAUUAAGUUGUUAUGGUGCCAGAAGGCUCCUGGAGGCACUCUUACUUCAAGGAGUUAUAUAACCCCUAAGUUGCCUCCAGCAGCGAUGUCCACUCCCCUCCCAACCCCCCACACGGCAUCCAGCUUCUGCCAGGCAGGAACGCCACUGAUACAUUUCUUUCCAAGCUAAUUUAGUAAGUGGAGAGUAAUUGAUUGGCUGAAAGAAUCAGCUGCCCGCUCUCAGGCAACCGCUCUGCCCCUGAAAGUGAAAUUUCAGAAGCCGGAUGCUGCCUGAGGGGAGUUGAAAUCGCCGCUGGAGGCAAUUUAGGGGGUAAUCCGUUCGAGAAUGGUUUAACCUCUUGAGAUAAGAGUGCCUCCAGAGGUCUCCUGGCACCAGAACAACUUCAUGAAAAAAAAAAAAAACUUCAUAUAAAUGUAGUAUCUUUUUCAUGAAGUGGUUUUGGUAUUCAUAAUGUCCUUGUAGUCUCACUGUUCUAUACUCUGCUAUUGAGGAGUUAUAUCACUUUGUUUAUGCAGCCCAAUACUUAUGGUAAGUAGCCAUGUACUUAUACAGCUAAAUGCUGCUUUACACUUUAUACCACCAGCAAGUGACAAACAUGGCGGCAUAACCCAGCUAAUCUACAGAGGCAUUAAGUAUGAGGUCUGUUGGGUAAUGGCUUUCUUGUUUUAGGUGUAACCAUUCUCACAGUCAAUCAGUGUCUCACUAUGGAUAUAGUUAAUUUGAUGUCCUCAAAAUGAGAUCAGAUGACUCUGCAUGCUUCAUAAUGAAACAUGGGGGUCCAGGUUCUGGGCAUGUGAUAAUUGCAUCUCUUAACAAAUAAUGAUCUAUGUGAUUCGUAUUAGUUAUUUAAUUUUUCUCAUUUUCUUCCCCCCAAAUGACUGAGCACAUCUUUAUAAAUCAAUUCUCCGUUUAUUUUUGGAAGCUAAUUGCAAAUAGAAAGCUAUCCGAGUUUAGCAGCAGCUUUUAAAAUGACAUUAGGAAACAUCAGAGGGACCUGUUCUUUUCGACCUUGAUCUACAUUGAUCUGAUGAGAAAUACUGUGACUGUUUUAAGAUGGAUUGCACAUGAAUAUGUCCAAAAUAUGGAUGCAUUCACAAAGUACAAUUAGUACUAUGUUGUAGUUUGGAAGUUUAAUUUAAGAUAUAGACUGGCAGGGACAGCUGUCCUAGACCUGUAAUGUCUCACCGUGGGCACUGUGGAUUUUUAAUAGACAUGUAGUCUAAAUACACAUCAUUUUCUUUGUUUUUUGUCUUUUUUUUUCAUUCUGGCUAUUUUUCCCCAUAAGAGAAUAUAUGUUUCAUCUCAAGCCUUUUAUAUUUAAAAGAUGCAUUGGCAGAGUUAAUAUAUUUUAGUUUGUAGAAAUUAUACAACCUACAGUUACUAUGUAACCCUCUAUGAGAGAAAAAAUAUGUGCGGUUUACCCAUAACAAUACAUCCAUUGUAGAAGCCAUGACUCCUGGGAGUGUGACAGUCCCAGGAGUAGUAUUUUUCAUAUGGUGUUGAUUUAUUCCGCUUUUAAAGGAUGAGAGGUGCAGCCAAAACAUGAAAAGCAUCUGCAAAUAUGGACAAGUGGCAGAUUAAUCUUCUUUAAUUCAAUACGUUGGGUCUUGUUGUGUGCUUGCUUUUCUGAAAGGGAAAUAUGGGAUACUCGCAUAUGUUAAGUGCAGUAGUCAGGCUAGUCUGUAGUUCUAGACUUUGGGUUUUUGUAAUCUUUAUUUUCUUUUAAAAAAAAAAUCAAACUCCUUUCUAUCCAUCCCUCUACCAUAAUGUUUUUACAAUUUUACACUAUUAAUUCAAAUGUCAUCACAUACAACUGUGUUAUCUCUAUAAGCAUCUCUACAGCAAGGGUUUCUGUCAGCAGCUAUGUUUGCUCCUUGCAUUGAAAAGACUGGCUCACACUUUUAGUGCAUUUAUUUUUAAAUAAAACUUCAAAAAACGAAAGGUAGCUUGAAGUGUCUCCAUUUAAAAAUGUUCAUGGCUGAAAGGUGCAGAUCAAUCUAUAAUAGACAUGCUCUUGUAUGUCACCCUUUCAGAAAUAGUGAAGAGUAAAGAACAUGUUAAUCCAUAGUAAGUAGUGCAUUUUUUUAUUUUUUUUUGUAGUUCCCAUUAAUCAUUAAUUCAAUAAGUUUUUAAAUAAAAGUUGCUGAGGCGUUUUUGCUGCAAAAACAAGGCCAUAUGUGAGUGUGCAGUUUAACCGCCAAUUGGAAAAUGCUGAAUGGAUGACACAAGCUACUAGAUUCAUUGUUGCAUUACUACGCACAUGGGUCUCCAUGAUGUUGUGUGUGUUAUUGUAGUUUGUACAGCUAUAUGUCCUCCCGUAGCUCUGACACAGGUUUCCGCACAUCGCAGGCUUCUCUGAUCUGGCAGGAACUCGAGGCCGAAGAACAACUCCAACUUCACCUGGACCUGCCACGGAGCUACCGACCCCCUUCCGUCCAUGAUCCCACCGCUCAACAGCUCUCUGAAUACUCUGAUGAAACUCGAAUCCGAUAUUUUGUCCUUGGUACCAUGGCAGCAAUUGUUGCCUUUUUUCUGAACGUGUUCUAUCCACUUAUGUACCAAUCACAUGGAUGAUAGUGUUACAGAAAGUUAACAUUGAUUCUAAAUUGGGCAUUUUCUAAUCUGGACUCUGAAAUGCAGUCUGUAUUCUCCUAGCUUUUAAUGUUGUUGCUAUAACUGUUUAAAAGAUGUCUCUAUUUUUAUGCCCUGUAAAUAUGUACAAAUAAUAUUUAUAAAAAAAAUCUGUGCAGACUAAAAUACACUGUAGAAUGCCUGCUAAAUAUGACAGAACAGAAUAUUCUUAAGGUUGCAUUAAUGUGAAAUGCUGUCAUAGAAAGUACAUGCAAAAUACAGUGUCUCUUAAGCCUGCUCUUUUAAGCAGGGUGAUAAUGAAUUGCAGAAAACUGAUGGACAGGCAAAUUAACUGUAAGAUAAUAUUGAUGUUUGUUUUUUUGUUUGUUUGUUUUUUUUUUAAUUCAAGGAUCCUAAAUAUUCUGUGAUGUUCUAUGGACGAUGGAAGCCCCUUGUAUAUUCUAGUUAGUGCUUAAUUUUUUUGCAGCCCCUGAUAUCCUGAUAAAUCUCAUUUGUUUGACUGUACACUGUAUAUAUGUAGUAUUUACCCAAUGAGGGCAAUUUAUAAAAAAAAACUUUGUUAAUCCACAGUUCUAUGUUGGUAGCUUUGGGGCAUCUUUUGAGUGCUUGAAGGAACAGCAAUCAGCUUGUUCUGUUUCCCAUGCCUCUUUGCAUUCAAACCAUUAAAAUAACAGUAAAGUGGGGAAAAAAAAUUAAAACAUUUUUUGGGUGUUCAUAUUGAAAUCUAUGCAGUGCUUAUCAAGUCUCCUUUAUGUCCAAAAUGUGUUUUCUUCCAGCUGCCAUUGAAAAGUUUUUACAUUUCACUGGAAGACAAUGUAUCGUUUUCAUGACAUGGUUAGGCACAUCCCAAUAUUUAAUAGUAUAAAUACCAUGUUCUUAUUGGGGAGGUCUCCUUUAUAACAAAAACAUGUGUUUGUAAAAAUCCACACCACUGGAUUAUGUCUUCCCCUUUGCACCUAGCCGCCAACAACCAUUACAUUCUGCAGCUUUUCUUACUUAAUAAUCUCUUUUCAUUUUCUCUUGGUCUUAAAGGAACAAUUUAGCAUUAGGGAUUACAAACAUGUAUUCCUAAUGCUAUAGUGUACCCCUACCUUAUUUAGAUGUUGUAGGGGUUUUACUUACAUACACACCAUAGCGUCCUGCUCCUAUUUCAGCUCCACCUCUUUAGCUGAGAUCAUCCAUGUUGAUAAUUUCAGGCAAUCCAAUGCUUCUGUAGUAGGGAGUCAUUGGGAGGCUAGGUCACAUGCACAUUAUAACACAGUUUAUGCACCAAUCAAAUGCUCUCACUGAGAAUUAUUUGAACUGUAACAGAGUUUAACUCUGUUAUAGUAGAGGAAGUGUCUCAAGUGGCUACUUCUACAACUCUACUGGCUGUCAGGAAGGCAAAGAACCUCAAUUAUUAAACGCUAGCGGAGCUCCCUUACAGAGCUCCGGUGCACUUUACUACCUGGUUAGUUAGGUGUGUUAGUCCUGUAAUGAAAACAUUGCUGCUCCUACAAAUAGACAAUGUGGGGCAUGGCAUCCUAAACAAUUCAUGAAGAUGAAGUGAUCUAGGUUUGCUGUUGAGUAUCUGUAAUGAAUAGCCAUAGUAAAUGCUUGCAAGUCUUAUUGGGCAUGUAGUACAGUUAUCAGAUAAUAUAAAAUACAGAAUUAUAGGAAUGACAAUUAUUCCAUUUUUUUUUUUUUGUUGUUUCUAUGUUAUCAUUUCUUAAAGAUAAUAUUUUUAAAGUUUAAUGAAUUGAAUGUCCCAGUGUUAUUCCUUGGCCCUAAUUUUUAAUACAGGAACAUUAGUGUCAGGAAUACAAACCUGUAUUAUUGACACUAUACAGCUGAAGUGAUUGGUACCCUCUCUGUGGAGAUUAAAGUAGAUUUUACUCCCCUUUUCUCCCACACUGCCCUGUCUCACAGGGGCUGGCUCCGCCUCCAUGGCUGAAGUAAUCUUGAUCACAGCAAAUCCAAUUCUUUGCCAUAGAAAAACAUUGGGAGACUAUUGCCGAUCUGCGGCAAAACAUUGUACUGCGCCAAUCAGCAUCUCCUCAUAGAGAUACAAUACAUUUCACACACUGUGUAGCACUGAUCUAGGAAGGACCUCUAGUGAUUAUCUUGAGUGACUGACACUAGAGGUGUAACUAGUCAGCAAAGUAAACCUUCUUUGAAAAGGCUGCAUUUACAGUGCUAACAAUUCAGGCACAGCAGAAACACUACAUUAAAAUGCAACUACUCAUUUAUGUAGUAAAAGCCAGGGUGGUAUAGAACUUUCAGUGCACAAUAUUUCACCCUGGCAUAAGGUAUUUAUGAAACCGUUUGUCAUCACUGCUGAUAAUGUCAUUUAACCUUUAACUAAACCCAAACUUGUAAAUAUUCAAGCAAGAAUGGGUAUGUUAAAUUUCACAAUAAUGUAAUCAUUUGCAAAACACCCUGCCCAUAUUUUGUCUACUCUUUGAGUAGAUUAUCAAUAUUUGUAGUAAUAAUCAAAAAUAUCUUUAACCCCUUAAGUGGUUGGAUCAUUUCCUUUAUAAUCAUGAUGUUGGUCAUGAACAGGUCAAGAAUAUAGUGACUUGGUUAUUUCUCCAUAGAACCAUAUCGGUCAAACAUUCCCUCUGUCAGACAAAGGCAUGUUGCAGUAUUUUGCAAUAUGAUAUUCUUUAAUAGAUUUAAACGUCAAUACCUAAAUAUAGCUUUGUAAAGCACAAGCCAGAGUAUAGUGUGGAAACGGUUGCUGUUUGUAUACUUGGAAUUAUACUAUAUUGUUACAAGCCGUUUAUAUACAAUAUAUGAACAAUGCGACUCUUAAAGUUUUUUUCCUUUUAAUUGCAACUUCUCGUUUAUAUAAAGGUUUAACCAAAUAAGCCAGGCUUUGAUCUCUUUUUCAUUUUCAUACUUAAAAUACUUGGGUUUAACCCGAUAAUCCAAUUAAAUCCAAAAAUGAAUGUGCUAAGCAUUUUUUAAAUUGUUUGAUGCAAAAUAGUCUUGGGUUACGCGUUGUUUACAUACUGGAGAGGUUCACUAAUUUAUCUACUUCAGACUGGCCCAGGACAGUGACAUGUAAAAAAGUUAUCGUUGAUGGACUUUAUUUCCCAUAAUUCCUGCAAUCGUGAGAACUGUUGUCAAAUAGCUCAAGGGCCAGGGAUUGGAUGUUCCUUGGUCUGAACAUAGAAAAAGUAUUUCAGUUAGUGAUCUUUUCCUACCAACUGUUUACUUAAUAGUGUACCUUCUUUUUUUUUUUUUUCACUGCAGUCAUUCAUACAAAAUCAAAACUAAUUCAGAUAGUAAUAAUGAAAAAAGUGUGUGUGUGUGUGUGUGUAUGUAUAUGUAUGUGUAUAUGUGUAUAUAUAUAUAUAUAUAUAUAUAUAUAUAUAUAUAUAUAUAUAUAUAUAUAUAUAUAUAUAUAUAUAUAUAUAUAUAUAUAGUGUGUGUGUGUGUAUGUAUGUAUGUGUGUGUGUAUAUUCCUGAUGAAAGUCCCAGACGAGGACUGAAACGUUGAGCUGCCAUUUUUAACAUGUAUUAAUAAAAUCUACAACUUUCAAUCUUCAGGAAAACCGUGAGUGCUGGUCAUCUUUACUCUUUGGAUAUAUAUGUAUGUAUGUAUAUGUAUAAUAUGCCAUUUUAUGGGGGUUAAUGAUGUAAUGGAGAGGUAGCAAAAUAUAAACCGCACCUCAUUGAAGUGGUCUGGGUGCACCAUCCCAGUCACCCUUAGUCCUCAAAUGUAAAACGUAUAUUUGGAGAAGUCUAUCUGACUUUGUGAAAGACACUGGAUGUCCUCACACGCUGCAUAAAAUUAGUUUAUUAUGGUCACAAUGUUUUUGAACUCCAGUAGACUGAAUUGCUACAGAAGAUGUUUAUCCAUUUUGGUUGAUAUUUUCUGCUUUAAAUCUAGAACAGAACUUGAUUUAUUUUUUUGUACUGUUGAGCUUUGGAAAUAGUGCAAGAUCCUACGAAACUCUAGCUUUGUAACAAGUUUGGAUACAUUCAAUCUGAAAUAUCACAAUGUCUGCCUUGAAAAUAAAACUUAAAUGUAAAGAACAGUACAGAAUUCCUUGCAAUGGGUUUUUAUUCACUAAAUUUCAAAUUGUAGUCAAUUGAAAUUAGAAUAACAAAUUUUAGGCAAACAAAAAGAAAGUAUUGUGGAAUGUUGCCCUUUGGAUUGUCAGUACAAUUUGGAGUUUAUUGAAUGAAUAAAUGAGUGAUAAUAUUUCUCAUAAUUGCAUUCUUGCACCAAGGUGUGUGGGGGUUUUGUUUGGUUUUUUUUGGGGGUGGUUCUAUAGCCUCCCAGUCUUUAUCCGGGCAACUUUUGGGGAGCGUUUACUGUACUCAUUGGCAAAUAAAGUAGUCACUCUUCUGUCUGGAGUACUGUAGCUUCUUUUAAGAACUGUGUGCUGUUUAUAGACUGAAACUCUCAUUAUCUGAUCAUGUUUAAUAGGAUUUGCAGUACAUCAAACACCUGCACACAAUAUAAUAUUACCUCACUCUAAGUAACAUAAUCACUAUAGCUGUAGUUAUAAUGCCUAGGGUGUCCUGAUGGUGUUUAUUGGUUCUAUGUCAAAGCUUCCAUCUCGGUACCCAGGCAUUUCCCACUUAGCCAUACUGAUAAUUAACACUGCUGCAUUAUCAAUAUCCAUGUACAAAAAUUACAAAUAAUGAGUUAGUGCUACUUAAGCAUUAUCAAUGCUGAGGAGAAUGGAUUGGUCUCUGGGAACUGGAAAGAGCCUUGUUUUAGGUCAAAUAGUAUAUUUAAAACUAGCUAACCAUGUCAGGACGUGUGUGUGUGUGUGUGUGUGUGUAUGUAUGUAUAUGUAUAUAUAUGUAUAUGUAUAUGUGUGUGUAUGUGUGUGUGUAUAUAUAUAUAUAUAUAUAUAUAUAUAUAUAUAUAUAUAUAUAUAUAUAUAUAUAUAUAUAUAUAUAUAUAUAUAUAUAUAUAUAUAUAUAUAUAGUGUUCAAGUAGAGAUUGUAGCCGUAUUAGUCCAGUGAUGUAGAUGUAAAAAACAGAUAAAAUUCUUAUCUUGUAAUACCUUAUUUAUUGGACUAACAGAAUUUUUUAAUGACAAGCUUUCGGGAGAACCUCCCUUUCUCAAGUCUGAAGCAUUUCUGAGCAAAACGAAACAUAGAAUUCAAAGUUGAGUUGUGAUACAGGGGUUAAAGCGACAUGAGUGUAGAUAAGACACAGGUUUGUUAGAAAAUAGACACCAUCUUAUGACCCUCUGCUAAGAUGGUAUCUAUUUUCUAACAAACCUGUGACUUGAAGUCCAAACAGUUCUCCGCAAAGAAAAACAAGGUAUUACAGAGAUAGAGCACAUCUGUUUUACAUCUAUAUAUAUAUAUAUAUAUAUAUAUAUAUAUAUAUAUAUAUAUAUAUAUAUAUAUAUAUAUAUAUAUAUAUAUAUAUAUAUAAUUUUUUUUUUUUUUUUUUUUUUUUUUAUAUACCCUUAUCCUUAUAGCAGCCAUAUUUAUGCAGCUGUCCAUUGCAUUUCAAACUUGUGUGCUCUUUCUUAGGCAGACAAAUGCUAGCAGAAUGCUUGGUUGUAUAGGGAGAGGUAUUAGCAGUAGAAAGAGGGAAGUGCUCGUGCCAUUGUACAGAACACUGAUGAGACCUCACUUGGAGUAUUGUACGCAGUACUGGAGACCGCAUCUCCAGAAGGAUAUUAAUACCUUAGAGAGGGUUCAGAGAAGGGCUACUAAACUGGUUCAUGGAUUGCGGGAUAAAACUUACCAGGAAAGGUUAAAGGAUCUUAACAUGUAUAGCUUGAAGGAAAGACAAGACAGGGGGGAUAUGAUAGAAACAUUUAAAUACAUGAAGGAAAUAAACACCGUAAAGGAGGAGACUAUAUGUAAAAAAAAAAAAAAAAGGGGACAUAGUCUUAAAUUAGAGGGCAAAGGUUUAAAAAUAUCAGGAAGUAUUACUUUAUUGAGAUGGUAGUGGAUGCAUGGAAUAGCAUUCCAGCUGAAGUGGUAGAGGUUAACACCGUGAGGGAUGCGUGGGGUAGGCUAUCCUAGCUAUAAGAUAAGGCCAGGAACUAGUGAAAAUAUUUUGAAAAUUGGGCAGACUAGAUGGGCUGAAUGGUUCUUAUCUGCUGUCACAUUCUAUGUUUAUGAAAAGCGAAGUAAAGUUGCAAAAUUGUGAGCAUUGGGUCAGAUAACUGACAAAGGGCUUACAGAAGGCUGUCAGGGGGAGUGGAAAAUAGGCAAGAGAAUUCUUUAAAAAAUGUCUGUACGUGAAUUCAAAAAUGAGAUUGCAUAUUGUAAGAAAGGUUAUAAAGAGAUAUUGCACAUUUUUCAUGACAUUGUUUCUUUCAUUAUCGAAUUAUCUGUAUUAAUUGAGAUUCAUUUUAAGGGAAUAAGUGAUAAAGUAAUGCAAUAAUGUCUUGCUGUUAAUAACAUGGAUUAAGUCAAAUAUCCGUGUAUUUUUAUACCUAAGAGCUAACUGUGUAAAAUAUACAAAAGAUGCUUUUGAGCUAGCUGUAAAAUGUAUGCAUAACUGCUGUUUUAAAAUAUUGUCUUAUAUUUAUAAUUUUAAAUGUUUUAAGGGAUGAAGAAAAAUAGUUUUGUUUGGAAUGCUUAAAUAAAGAGCUUGCACUUUUAUUUAUAAUUUGUGAACCAAGAUUUAUUUUAUUAAUUUUAAGCCCUUCGUCACCGUUGUCUUAUGUAAAUUGUGUGUACGUUGUACAGAGCUACAGGAUUUAUCGGCUGAUACAAGACAAACACAGUGACUUCAGAGUUUAGCACGUUGUUCAUUGAUAAAUGUGCUUUUAUCUCAUGUGUGUCUACGUUUAUCUUUUCUUUUCUAUCUUAGUGUAUUAUGUACCUAUAUAAUGGAUCCAAAUCUGUCUGGCCCUCUAUUCAAGGAGUUCAGUAGAUUUGGGGUAUAUUAUUGCACCCCGUGUUUCCACAUCAAUAAAAAUCACAAUGCACUUAGUCAAUGUGUGUGUGACACAAAUAAGAAUUAAUUAAUUUUUUUUGGUUUUGUCUUUUUUGUUUAUUUUCCUUCUGAUUGCAUUUCUGUACUUAAAUAGUUGUCAUUAGGUUAUGAAGUCCUCUCUAAACAUUGUCUGAAUUAGCCUUGUCCCUGCUGCAUUCCUACAAAAAGUGUCCUUUUGAAAUUUUAGAUUUCUCCUGUAAGGGAGGGAGUAGGAUAAUGUGUCUGGAUUAUUAAGCCUUGCUGGAUGAUCGUUUGACAUUCUUGUAAUACAGAGUGAUUGUUGGAUAAUUAGGCUGGAGUCCUAUUGAGGAUAUUCACCAAAGUGAGAAUUGUCAGGAAUUCAAAGUGAGAGUCAAAUUUAAAGCAAAAUGGCUGUAAAUGAUCCAAUUAGGCUUCCAACUCUAUCUAAAAUUGGAAAUUUUACUUUGAAUUCCAACAAUUCUCACUUUAGUCCAUAAACAUGUUUAUGCAUAUACUUCUUUUUUGUGCAGAGAAAAAAAAAAACAAGAAUGUGUCUUGGCAAAGCUGGAUUGGAAGGGACACCUCAUGGUUAAAGGGACACUGUAGGCAUUAGAACGGUUUCAUCUCAUUAAAAUUGUUAUGGUGACUGGAGUGAUCUGGCGCUGUCCCUCCAUUUAGUGUUUAACCAUUAUUUUAUUUUAUUUUUUAUUCACUUUUUUUAUUAUUAUUUUGCAAGUUUGACAAAUAUUAAACAAUAUUAAACAUUUGGGUUCAACAUUAUCUUUCAAAUCACAACAAACCAGAUUGAUAUGUCCAAAUAUUACAAUGAGUCUACAUGUAUUUCAUUUCCCGAAUUAAAUAUUUUUUUAAAACCUUUAAAAUCUGGAAAUAGUUUUGAUUUGAGCCCUUUGUCAAAUAUUAAAACAUCAAAGAAUAAUACAAUUCAAUGCAAGAAAACACAUAAAUAAGACCUACAACAUAAAAUAUAUCUGGUCAACUAUCGACAUCUGGGGGGUGGGCGGAAUCAAUAUCGCUUCUUUAAUAUAUUUGUUUAGGAACUAAAACUAGAGCCAUUUUCGGACAGUCCUUAUCAGCGGUUUAUCUUAUAUGUGGAUCUAUGCCAGGAUUUGUUAGUUUGACUAACGUAUAGAUAUUCUAUUCUUCAUAGUAAUCGAACCAUUUUAUCCAUAUCUUAUUAUAAGAGCUAAUAUUGUUAUCUUUGAAAUAGACCGCCUUUUCAAUUAGACCUUGAUAUUGGAUCUGGGUUCUAAUCUCUCUUAUAGAGGGAGAUCUGUUCUGUUCUGUUUCCAUUUCCUGGCGAUACAGAGUUGAAUACGAUGAGGACUUGUGAUCAGCUGUCUUAUACAGUGGCUAUGGAGCUAAACAAUCGUAUUCUCAUGUGUUUUCAUAAUAAUGCCUCUUGAUGUAGAAUAUUCUAUAAAAGAGACCCGGAACAUUUAGUGUUUACAUACCCCAACACCACUGGAGGCCCAAGAUUAGUUGUUUACAGUGAAAGCUUUUUAGAAAAUCCAAUAUGCUUGGUAGGGGAGUCAUUGGAUUAUUCAUGGUUUGUCUGAUUUGCAUUUACACAUAUUCUGUAUGACACAUUAGGAAUCAUUUGCACAAAACUUCAUCUGAUUUUCCCUGUCUGAAUCACUGCAGGACAAAUAAGCACCAGAUCACCUUGGUUGCACACCACACAUGCACUAUAAAAUGAUUGCUGUGAGAUGGGUGUAAUUGAAUUCUCAUGUUCUUGUUUCCAGUAUGGUUAUGGCCUCAUUAGCAACUUUUCUGUGUUUUUCUUGUUUUUAAAUUUUACUACUCUUUUCUCUCUCUCUCCCCCCACCCCCUUUUUUUAAUAAUUACAAAUCCUGCAUUUUCAUUUCAGUUAACUUGAAUCAUUUUGGGAGGGGUUUGUUCAAUUCCCUUUACAAUGUUUGAUUUUCAGUUCUUUGUAAAAUUUAGUAGUAGGAAGUAAGAACCAUUUUGUCUUAUGGGGCUUUGUUCUGAUGACUUAGAAUGUCAUCUUACAGUGAUAGGUUUUGUAUUUUAUGUAUAUAUCAAUGCAUGUGCUGUUCAUGCAUUAAUGUUGCACUACAAAAGAAGACUCAGUAUUUUUAUAAUAGUAUUGUGUGUUUGUGUUUGUUUGCUUUGGGGAGGGGGGUAUUUAUUUUUAUUUUUUUAGAUUAUGCAUUAGACAGCAAUAAUAACUUGAAUUGGGAAAUAUCAUUUUUGGGUUUUUUGGAGGAAAAAAUAAAAUUCCCAAUAGGGUUAACAAAGAGGGAGGUGAAUUCAUUGGAGCGAAACAAGUAGUUAGGUAUGUUUUAUCCCAAAUGGCACUGACCACUGAUCUGGUGCUAUACAACACAAACAAAAACCUCUUAUAUAUAAAGUAAAGAAAAAAAACACAAACUUUACACAAUUCUGCUAGAAUUAUUGUAAAGACCUGUGUAUGGAAGGCCCCCUCAAAGGGAUCAACAUGCUCUUUGCAUUGGCUAUGGUGCAGCAAGAUUACAUGUUCACAUUCAUUUGGUUGCUUAUAAUUGCAGCAGUUUGAGACCUAACCCAAAUACUUUGUUUUUAAUUUGAAUACUUGCUCGGUUUGUGCUCAAUGUGAAUAGGUCUACGCAACAUGCUGAUUGAAGGUAUUCAUGGCAUCUUGUUAGUUUGCUCACAAGUUUCGUUCAGAUCUUUUCAUGAAUUAAAUGGUUUUCAAGUGAUGUUACUUUAUAGAAUAUAUAGUUCGUCAGGCAUGUGUAUGAGAUUUGCUUCACGCUUGCUGAAAACCAUAAGAUGGCUUUAAAUUAUCAGCCACUUACUAUUUGUGUGAAAGAUGCAAAUGUAAACUUGGAGGAGACCUAAGGAGUGUUUGGGUAAGUAUAUAGUUUUAUUCACUCAUUUUGCUAGUACACUGAAGUUGACAUUAUUAUCCACAUAUUUAGUGAGUGAAGAGUACGUUUUAAAGGGAUACUAUAGGCAUCGGAACAACUUUAGCUUAAUUAAGCCUUUUUUGUGUAUAGAUCAUGCCCCUGCAGUCUCAGUGCUAAUUUAGCAGUUACAUAAUUGUUGUUUCUUUCUGUGCAGCCCUAGCCACACCUCCCCAUGUUGUGAAUCACACAGCCUGCAUGGGAAAAAAAUAUAUAAUUUUUAAUCAGAUGUUAACUUGCUUUGGAAGUUUUGCCUGCUCUGUAAAUGUAACUUUAAUCAGGCCUCUAAUUGUUGGGUUCAGAAGUGUUCUUAUUACAAAUUUGACAGAUUCACAUUAAUAAUAGCAGUAUCCAUGUUAUUUGAGAAUAAUUAUUUGUGUAAAGGGUGUUUAGUCACAUGCACAGUUUGCAAACCACGCCAUGGUUUGAUUAGCCCUCUUCCCAGAUGUGAUAGGAGGCUCUAUGUAGAACACUGCUUGAAAUAUGAUGGAGCAGAUAUAGUCUGCAAUAACCAUAUAUAUGUCUGAAUGCCGUUUCUCCCCCCUCUCCCCAAACAUUUAAAAUGGCUACCAAUGCCAUUGUUACUAGGUCUUGUGAAUAUGUACUUAUUAUGUUAAUAAGGGGUGGUUUUUCCCCAAAACUGAUGGUAUACAGUAAUGUGAAAUGCAAGCAUCUUUUGCUAUCUUAGAAAUGUUAAACCUGUCAGCUGUGUGAUAGCACAAGCGAUACAAUUUAAUUGCCAUUAUGUCAGUGGGGGCGGGUGUUUUUUGAUUUUUGUUUUGUUUUUUCUAGGACUCUGUUUCGCAGUGGGUAAAAUGGGUUGGGGCACAAACAAUCACUUUGUUUUAGACUGUCAGCUCUUUAAAUAUCUGAACCUGUAAUGUCACUAGCUAAUUGCAUAUUUUAUCUCCCCUUUGUACAGCUCUGCAGAAUAUAUUGGCAAAGUUAUAAACUUAUUAUAAAGGUUUAGUAUAUUACUUGGUGUGACUCUUCCACCCUGAGCCUAUUCUAAUGUUUGCCUAGGGGAAAGAACAUCUUGUUUUGUUCUGCUGCAUGACCUGUAUUCUAGUGUUAUAAUAUGUAUGUUAAUAUCAUAUUUAAAGAUCGACCAAUUAUGAUGAUUUUCUGCAUUUAAUAUUUGCGAUUGAUGAGAGUCCUGGUGGAGCUCUCAUCUGAUUUUUGUCUAACACUCUCCAUUUGUUUUAGGGGGUCAGCCAAAUGGCUUUUGGGUCCAGCUUGAGCUCCGAAGAUGCUUCUCAGAUGCCUGCAGCAGCUGUAUCAGAACGAUUUCCUCAUUCCGCAGACCCAGCACCUUCGUAUAGUAGUAACAUGGAAGAUGUUGAUUAGCUACAACAGCAGGAAACGAGAAGAGAUUAGUUUUGUUUUUGUUUUGUUUUUUUGUUUUUUUAUUUGGGGGGAUUAAGGGGGGUUCAUAUGAAAGCUGUGUUCUGUGGGUUGUACAUAACUGUCUAAAUCUUUUUUUUUUUUUCUUUUUUUCUUUUUUAAAUAAUUUUAUGAAAUUUUAUUUUAAGGAGGGAAGGGUGUUUUUGUUUGAACACACAUAAAAAAUUGUUGCAGUCAUAUCCGCUCAUACACACAAUCCUUGCAGUAGCAGAGAGUCCAUUACAGGUGUUUCAGGGGUUAAUACACCCAAUCACCUUGUCUUUCUUGUGGCAUUGGAGCCCCUCAGUGCCCACUCUGCUAAGAAUUAAUAAAUGGUUACUUUUCCUAUUCAUGUGCUUGCAAUAUGUACAGUUAUAUAGUUCACUUGUAUUAACCGGUGUCACUGCAGUAUCAUUGACAAAAACUUUACUGUGUAAAGGGUGUUUAGUCACAUCCACAGUUUGCAAACCACGCCAUGGUUUGAUUAGCACUCUUCCCAGAUGUGAUAGGAGGCUCUAUGUAGAACACUGCUUGAAAUAUGAUGGAGCAGAUAUAGUCUGCAAUAACCAUAUAUAUAUGUCUGAAUGCAGUUUCUCCCCCCUCUCCCCAAACCUUUAAAAUGGCUACCAAUGCCAUUGUUACUAGGUCUUGUGAAUAUGUACUUAUUAUGUUAAUAAGGGGUGGUUUUUCCCCAAAACUGAUGGUAUACAGUAAUGUGAAAUGCAAGCACCUUUUGCUAUCUUAGAAAUGUUAAACCUGUCAGCUGUGUGAUAGCACAAGCGAUACAAUUUAAUUGCCAUUAUGUCAGUGGGGGCGGGUGUUUUUUGAUUAUUUUUUUUUUAACUUGCUUAUUUGUGUUUUGUUACUUGUAAUGCAAUAGAGAAUUAAAUUUUGGGGACACAUUGUGUUUCAUAUAUUUUGACUAAAGUAUCAUUGUAUCUAGGAAUUUGGCAGGUUUGGAAGGUAAUUGAGACUGACUGACUGAAUUUGCCUGUACACCCACUCCACCCUAACCCAAAAUAACUAAUCUCUUCUCUUUUUGUGAAGUUCACAUUUUCUUUUUUUAAUAUGGUGGCACACAAUUGUCCUUAAUUGGUUUUAACCCAUCUUUGGGUCCCUCUCCAGCUUGGAAGGUCUAAAACCAUUCUACAGACCUUUUUGUCAUCAAUGUCUAGGGAAAAAACUAAACGCAAACGUUGUUUACUAGCUAAGUAUCAUUUAUUUUGUCUUUCUUAUGGUGAUUAACCAGUCGGUUUUAGGCCUUCCACAGAUGGAGGUCUACAUGUAGUAUAAGGAUUUGUCAGGCAGGCUUUUUUCUAAAAAGCCUGAUCCACCCACAUUGCAUAAGGACAAUUUAUUUCAAUGGCAUGUGGAAGUUGUAGAUUGCUUGGGAUGAGGGAAGAUUUAAGCAUACAGCUUGAGGACUAUUUCAUAUCAGUUCUGCUCUUUAGUAACUAUUCCCACUGUGGCAUCCAAAAACAUGCAAAUGGAAAUUAUAGAUUCCCAUAGAAAGCUCAUCACUAUGUAUCCUGGUUGAAUUACCGGUAUUAUCAUUUCCAACUGACCUGUAUUUGGCAGGGCAGUCCUGCAUUUUGGAGUAAUGUCCCAGCAAAAAUAGGUCUAAAAACUAAAAUGCAAGAGGGGACAGGGCACUUGGACCAUUCACAGAGCGCUUCAUCAUGGUUUGACAUGAGGAGGCAGAGUGUUAGUCAGCCUGGCCACCAAAAGGCAGACUCGCAGCCUACACUUUUUCUCUGACCAUCCCAGAAGGUGGGUAGGGAACUUUAGCAGGUAUGCAGUACUUGACAGUGUAUGUAUACAUUUUUUUACAUUACACAAUUUUUUUAUUUUAUAUUACACAAUUGUAUUAUUACCGUACAUUUAUUUUUUUCCUGAGAAGACUUAUUCCCCCUCCGCCCCCCCCUUCCUUGUGUGUCUUAUGCCCUUUAUUGUGUCUGUUACAUAAAUGGCUGUCGAAAGAGUUAAAAUAGUCAAAUAGGUGAGUCUGAGCAUGCUGUAGCUAUUACAAAACACAGAUUAUUGGAUGCAGAACUUCAAAGGGUUUUGGGGGGGGGGGGGAAAGGGGGUUGUUUAAGGUUCAGUUAACAAAACCUGCAUGUCUCGCCUAACACUGUUUCUAUUCAAAAAUAAAAUCAUUGUAGAAAUCUGUAUUUUAUUAGUGAUGCUACUGCUUUAAAGUAAUCUAUAUUUUUUUUAUUACUUCUCACAGCGGUCCUGAAGCAGUUUGUAAACGAUGAGUCCUGUCUAUCAUUUACCUGUACUUUGGAAAAUGUACAUUUCCUAAUACAUUUGCACUCAUUUUUUUUUAUAUACGCACAAAGCUACCCCAGUUUCUACAUAUCCAUAUUUAACAUUUCCUUGGCUAAUCCAUGACACUGCAUUUAAGGGGUUUUAUUCACUAAAGUGAGAAUUGUUGGGAAUGCGAAGUGAAUUUCACAUUUUAGAAGCAAAUCUGAUUUAGAGAAUUAUUUCCAAUUAAGCUAUUCUGAUCUUAAAUUUGAAAUUCACUUUUAAUUGCGAACAAUUCUCAUUUUAUUGAAUAACCUAUCAGUAAGCUCUUCAAAGCUUUGCUGUCUCUUGGUCCACAAAAUACUGCACUAUAUAUUUUUAACCCAUUCUGAAGUUCAUAUAUUUCUUAGCAUGAAUACUAUAAUUUAAUGCAAGCAGUACAUGGUAAUAGAAGGGAAAAAACAUAGCAAAUAUUAUGUGUUUUUAGAAAAGCCUUUUGAUUUUUGAUUCUCCUCCCAUCCACCCCCUCUUGUGGAGUCUGCAGACCCCAAGUAAGAAGUCAAACAUUCUAAAACCGUUCAGGGGUGUGAGUGCUAGGCCACUCCCAGCAACAUAUUCACUAGAGCAGUGGUUCCCAACCCAGUCCUCAAGUACUCCCUUACAGUCCAGGAUUUAGGGAUUACCCAGGUGUGUCUAAAGUGGGUUUUAUUUCUUUUCUAAAAACACCUUAGACACAACAGGGUAAUUCCUAAAUCCUGGACUAGAAGGGGCUACUUGAGGACUGGGUUGGGAACCACAGCGCUAGAGCAUGCUGUUGUGAUUGUGGUGUUUGAAAUGUUCCUUUAAAAAUCCACAGAACAGAGUAAAUCUGUAACUUAGUUUUGUGUAUAUACUAUUUUUACAUUUAAAAAAAACUCUUGUUUAUGGUGCCCCAAAGUGGUCCUUUUUAAUAAAAAAAAAACAAACAAAAAAACACAAGAAGUCCAGCUGCAAUUUGCAUGGUCUUCGACAGGUCAGUGUCCUGGCAAAGAAUCAUUUGCGUUGUAGUUCAGCAGGAGCCGUAUGGCCACAGAUUGGCCAAUCUUGCUGGAAGAGCUUCUUGUUUCCUAGGAAGAAAAUUGAAGUCAAUGUUACGUUUUAAGCCACAAUAGUCAAGCUGAAAACUUAAGUGAUUUAGAGAUGGGUUUUUUUCCCAACAAGUUGCCUAUUUUAGCCUAAACUUUAAUAUUUACACUUUUGUGAUGUCAUCACAAUUUUAUCUGCUUACCCUCCUUGCUUAUUUUACUCCCGACAGUCAUGCUGGGCUGAAAAACUAAAAGGUGUUAUUAAUCCUUGCGACAGGACACGUACAAUUUCUUCAGCAGUGAAGGGAUUCAUUGUGAAAUUUCUAAUCACUACUUACCCCAGUAAAGCAAGUGUUUUGUAUAAUAAGUGUAAAACUCAUAAUACGCACUAUUAAUUAAAUGCCUUUGCUAAGCCAGAGGGUUUGUUUGUAUUUGGGGUGGGGUUGUUCUGUUAAGUUUGGUUGGUGGUUUGUUUGGUUUUGUUUUGGUUUUUUGGUUUUUCUUGGGAGGAAGGUUUUUUUUGUUUUGUUUUUUUUUGUCAUCUUCCUUGCCUUUAGGUCUACGUGCAUAAAACUUUUAUUUUGUGUUUCAGUUGAAGACAAUUGCUGCUGUAGUCUCAUUGUAUUUAAAGAUUUAGACCGUAAUUAUUAUUAUAUGUGGGUAUGCUCCUCGGUGAGCUUACAAAUGCAUAGCACUCUAGAAUAUGGAAAGGUGGCUUUUAUUUUUUUAGUACCAAACAGAUUUUGGCUCUCUGAUGGAAGAUGGAUGGAGAUGCCCUGAAAGGAGUAGUAGGAAAAAGCUGUAGGUUGACACAGAUUUUCAUUAUUUGGAUUUCAGUUGUAUAAAUAUAAUGUAUGUCCUCUGUAAGAAAUAAUUAAAUUCUUCUGAAACUAAAAA